UGUCUGCUAUUGUUAUUAGUGAUUGUGAAAUAUCGAAGGCCUUUUCAUCUCUCCUGCUCUUCCCCGACAACAUCUCUGUUUACUACUUUCUACUUCACUCCUUAAUCCUUCCCUCUCUUUAAUUUUUUGUCAUUUUCUUCUGUAUCUUUUCGUUAUUAAUUUCUACCAUCUGUUUUCGAGUAACAAUGGUGACGGAUUUAUCUCCGAAUUCACUGCCAUUUUCUCUUGUGAUGAUCCCAUUUCUCUUCCACUCAACUUUCUCAACUUUCUCACAUGGUGUUUCUGUUCCCUCUCCCACUCCCCUCGUACAACUCACUUCAGUGAAAGCAAAUGGAAGUGAGACAAAGAGUGCGGCGGAGUUUUCAUGGGAGAAUACUCGGAACCGGAGGUCAGCGGUGGAGGUGCCGAUUGGUGAACCUCUGCCGCCAUUGGAAGUCACUACUACUUCAUCCCUUGUUUGGCUGCUCAGAGGACGUACAGAAAAGAUCCACUUAAUGGGUUCAAGAGAUACACAUGAGGGUAUAGUAUUAGGGAGCGCCAUUAUUGGGCUGUAA